UGCGACUUUUUCAUUAUGCGAGAGGGGAGGGACUGGGCAUGCGAGUCGUAGAUCACCAGGCUUUAAUACAGGGGGUUAAAAAAAAAAAGUUUAAAGAACAUAAAAAAACAAUAAACAUAGCGAAGGUCAGAAAUAAAGAAGUGCUGCUUUUUUCCUGCCAAGUAUCCGACCUCAGUUACUCACUUGUGUGUAGAACGUCGCUCUAGUAACUUAUAUGAGUUAUCAGGCAAUAGGCAUUAAUUCCUUAACUCUUUGAAUGGCAACAGAUGAGCUCAUUCCUAAUGUGAUCAAGUGAACUUUUGCUUUUUUAUUUUGAUUUUUCAAAGCUCCUAAAUACAGUCUGCGAGUUGCCUCAAUAAUGGCAGGAUACGUUAUCGUACAGUUGUGUGUAAUGUGGGCAAUGCAUGAAAACCUUCAAGGCUCCAGGCUACAUUCUGAGGACACGGUGCCCCAGAUCGUCCACCACCCCUCGGACGUGGUUGUCCAGGUGGACAGCCCAGCCUCCCUGUCCUGCCGCGCAGAGGGGCACCCAGAGCCCACCAUCGAGUGGUACCGCAACGGGGUGCCGGUGGAGACCAGCAGGCCGGCUGGCCAGUCGCAUCCCAUCAUUCUCCCAGACGGGAGCCUGUUCUUCCUGCGCGUGACACCCGGCAGGCGGGGCCACUCCGAUGAGGGCGUCUACGCCUGCGUGGCCCGCAACAGCCUGGGCCUGGCCACCAGCCGCAACGCCACACUGCACAUCGCAGCCCUAAGGGAGGAGUUUCGCACCCAGCCCAGCGAUGUGGAGGUGGCAGUGGGCGAGCCAGCGGUCUUGAACUGCACCCCGCCCAGAGGGCACCCUGAGCCCAAUGUCACCUGGAAGAAGGAUGGGACGCUCAUCGACAGGAUGGAUGAGCGCUACAGUAUUCUGAAUGGGAGGCUGGUUAUUCCUCAUGCCCAGAAGAACGACUCGGGCGUCUAUAUCUGUGUGGCAACCAACACAGUUGGGGUACGAGAGAGCAGAGCUGGACGUCUGACGGUUUUGGAGAGGCCAAUAUUCACCCAGAAGCCCCAGGAUGUCACUGCAAUGGUGGGUGGCUCAGUGCAGUUCACCUGCAGAGUGCAGGGAGACCCGAUGCCUGCUGUUCAUUGGAGCCGUGACCAGGGGCUGCUGCCCUACGGGAGGUAUGUGGUGAAUUCAGAUCACAGCCUACAGAUCCACUACGUCACAGCUCAGGAUGCUGGGAGAUACACUUGCAUUGCGGCCAAUGAAGUGGGCUCCUCGUCCAGCAGUGCUGUUCUCUCAGUGCAGGAAGCACUGGACACAGGGCAGAAGGAGCUGCACAGAGAGCUGUCCAGCGUGCGAGUGGAUCUGGAGAGCGUCGCUGUGCAGCCCGCCUCCUCCAAUAUGGUGCUGCUGUACUGGAAGGCGCAACUAACUCCACCACAGCCUCACUACUUGGAUGGCUACGGGGUCCUGUACCGCCCCCUUCUGCCGGCCAGCUCUGAUUGGGUGGAGAAGAGGGUGGCUCUGGAGACCAGCGCUGUGAUUGGCCCACUCAAGAGAGGUUACAAGUACGAGUUUAAGGUACGGCCCCACGGAGGGGGCCUAUAUGGGCGCGAGAGCAACUCCAGGCACCUCUGGAUUCCAGAGGAAGUCCCCAGCGCCCCUCCUCAGCGUAUCUCUGUGAUGCUGGCGGUGGGCAGGAAUGAUACAGCUCAGGUGAGCUGGGAGCCGCCUCCCCAUGAGGCUCACAAUGGGAUCAUCAGGGGCUACCAGGUCUGGUGUUCCUUUUCUGUGGGUCAUCAGUCCUCCAACUGGACAGUGGACAGUGGGACUCACAGCCUGGAGAUGGGGUCACUAGAGCCUGGCACACAGUACUGGAUCAGAGUGGCAGCUCUCAAUGGAGCAGGAGUUGGGGUGCCAAGUGAACCCCAUAGCCUCUUCAUAGAGCCCCAAGAGGCCUUAACUUCAAAACCUCCCAGCCAAACUGCCAUGGAGCAAGUCCUGGGGGUCGUGCGAGGCCCCAUUUUCAUUGGCAGUGCUGGUGCCCUUCUCUGGGUGGCCCUGAUGGGUUCAGUGGUGUGUCUGUACCGUCGCCACUCGAGGAACACAGAGCUGAAACACGCCCAUCGCCAAGCUGCAGGCUUGUACAGACUGGCCAGUGAGGACCUCAUCAUCAAACACAGAAUGGCAGUGCCAGACUCCCCCUGGAUCUCCAGUGCAUGGAAAUCUGCCCCCUGCUCCGAGCGCUACCCUGGGCUGUGGGCCCAGAGCCAGGAGAACCCAGGCUUCAGGAAGACCACAUUACCUUUAAAGGGAACAAAGAAGCCGUGUCCUCAAGAAACAGCUGUCCCUAUUGUACCCGAUAGCUGUGGCCUCUAUGGCACCUUUUAUGUAGACUUGUCUGGAGCGGGUUUGAAGACAUUCAACAGCCCUGCUCGAUGCACUAAGAUCCCACACUGCAGUCCUAAGGUGUCGGAUCCAAUCCGUUUCUCUCAGCCGGUGUUUAACACAAGUGCCAGCCGAGAUACACAGGUGUUACCUUGGAAACAGGCCCUUCCUGUCCAGCCCAACAUGGGUGUGCUCAAAGAAUCCUGGGAGAAGAACUAUAAGAGAGAACUUCAUGCAGUCAACAGUGCUCCUUUGGUGUCUACAAGCCAGCAAUCAGGAGCACUUAGGAGUGUGCCCACUUCAAACCUACAGAGACUGACUGAUCAUCCACGAGGUGCCCUUCCGGAGUGCCCCAAGCUGGCUGGUUCCCCGAGGGUCCUGCACUACUCGGCAUCACUCCGUCUGAUCGACAUGCUGCCUGCCCUGCCCCCUCUGCCUCAGACUGACCACGACACCCACAGCCUGAGCUCCGAGGAGGAAUCCAGCAGGUCCACCAGGCUGACGGUGGACGGGGGCUCCGUGCGGUCUAUAGGAGACACUUCCCGAACCCCAGCGGCGGUGAAGGCCGACUGCCCCUCACACCCCAGCCUCUCCUACAGCCGCCUCUCGACUGCCUCCUUCUGUCUGUCCGUGGACGAGGAGACUGAUGGCGCCCUCACUCACCAGGAGGUGGCUCGGUACCUGGAACUGAGCCCCAAGGUCAAGAGACACAGAGCUUUGGCUGAAAGUCCGACUUCACCACCUCGUCCAUUUUCACCCACACCGACAUUUGGAUACAUCUGCGGCCCUUUGCCCUCUGACCUGGAAGCAGAAGAUGUGAGCGAGGAUCUGGACUUGGACCUGGCGGGGUCGCGCCAGCUCUGCCCUCGAGGGGGGGUGCCCAGACGCUGCCACACCCCCUCGUCCUGUGGCAGCGAAUGGGAGGGCUCGCUGUGGAAUGGCUGGGGCUCCGUGUCAGGGGGCAACACGCCAAGCGCCCGUGCCAGCCUGCUCAGCUCCUCGGAUGGCUCCUUCAUGAACGAUGCCAACUUCGCCAGGGUCCUGGCUGUCGCCGCGGAAACACUGGGCGGCAGUUCUUUUUCUGAUUUCUCCCCCCCCGCCUCGCCCUUGAGUGGGCUCCCCCCCCCCUACGAGGCCUGUUUCGGGGAGCGGGCCCCCCUGCCGGCGUGGGACUGGAGCACGGCGUGGAUGGAGGAGAUGGAGGCUCAGUACGGUGCCCCAAGGGGCUGGGGAGAGAGGCUGGGGGCCGCGGUUCCGGAGCCCCGAGGUCCACCCCAGGACAGCGGGAAGGAGGCAGAGGGCAAGGGGGGGUAGAGAACUCCAGAAAGUGGCAUCAUCUGAGCGGAACGCACUGUGACCCCCCAUUUCCCAAAGCCUGCCUGCCUCAAACUGUACCAGCGCCUGCCAAGGCGCUGCGCCCCCGUCCCGAAUACCUCAGCACAGACCCUCCCCCUCGCCCUCUCCAGCUGGGGCUCCUCCUUACAGACCUCCUUUCAGGAGGGCCCCCUCUGUUCCAUCCCAGAAUCGAAGGAUGCAAUUAGUGUAAAUAAAGCAAAUGCUAAUUGGCAGAUAAUUGAAAGCAGAAAUGUAGCAGGGCAUGGGCUGAUCUGCUGUUAGGGUGCAUUUUCUGUGGAACCUUUGGUUUUACAUACUGCUGGAUUUGGGGGGAAAGUUUCCCUUUUUUUGGGGGGGAACACCCUUGUACAGAGCCCUAGAUGAGAACCACUGCACUAGAGGAUGCAAAAAAAGCAAAGUAGAACUGUAGAUCCUUACUAAGUGUAGGGUGGUUAUUUUAAAGUACUGGGAGAAAAGGUUUUGGCCUUAAAUUGUCCCGGUCUGCUGAUAUAAUAUUCACCCUGCUCUUUCUGGCUGUAGUCAUGACAGUUCCCAUCGCCUUGGUGUUAACAUCAAAUUGACUGCAUUUCUGCAGCGCUGUAACACAUUCCCAAAAGACUCCAGAGAAUAUUAUCUAUUGAUCUGAUUUACAUGGAAUAAAACUCAAAGUGCAAUCCAUUUAGUUCCUAAAUGCAUCUUUUCCCUUCCUCUAAAGCAAGAAGAAUGACAAUAGUGCCUUUCAUUGUGCUUCUACUUUUGCAGUUGUUUAUCUUCAUUUUGCUUAUAUUUCCAGCCUUGGUUCUAAGCUUUUUUUUUUAAUCAAUCAGAAUUUUCUUAAAAGCAUUUCCAUGCCUGUUUUGGUGCUUUCAGCCACUUUAAUUUUAUGAGAAACGCUAAGGCACUGUAAGUAUUAUUUUAUGACAUAAAAAUGGGAUUCUACUGCAUUAUUGUUAGGACAAGGAUUCAGAAACCAGUUUUAAAUGUACCUUUUCUUUGCUGUCAGGGACAUUUGGACAAAUAUAGAAAUCAGUUUUAAAUUUCAUGCAAUUUGGCAUAGGAUAUCUGAAGAAAUGUAUACAAGCAAACCAAUUAGUUAUAUAUUUAAGGGAUUUUUGUAGUACAGGAAUAGGCAGUAUUUUACUAAGAUUGGACUAAUAUAAUUGUAUUAAAUUAGUAUGAUGAUCAAGAGGAUUAACAUAUCAUGCUAUAGAAGAGUAUCAUUGUAAAUAGGUUUUUCUGUAUUUUGAAGAAUUCUACUUAACUGUGACACUUUAAGUUCUGAAGUGACUAACACUGGCUUUACUGAUGUAAAUAAAAUAUGUUUUUAGAUUUUA